CUGAGAAUCUCAAGCCAAGAGGUGUUUACAUCUGAGGGCCUGGCCCCAUCCCCAGGCACCAAGACCGCUUGGUGGCUACUCUCAUUGGAGGAUGUGUCCCUGCUGCCCUGGGACCAGCAUCCAGCCUGGACACUGGGGGCAGUAGCCCCUUCUCUAACCCAUUGCCACUCGGCGUUUCCAGUCUGGACAGUGGUGGCUCCCAGGCCAGGCGGUACCAUGUUGUCCAUGACGUACAGCGAGAGCCUGAGGAGCGUGAGCAGCAGGUGCCACUCUGACUGGGCCCUGCACCCCAUCCGCCAGACCGACACGGUGGAGCUGCAGCGGCUGCGGGCAGUGCGGGCAGCCGCCCAGGCCAGGAACAUGGAGAGCUUCCUCCGCAUGCACGGCCUCUCCCUGGACGGCUGCACUGCGCAGCGCACGGGCAUGAAGUACCGGAACCUGGGCAAGUCAGGCCUGCGGGUCUCCUGCCUGGGGCUCGGAACAUGGGUGACCUUCGGAGGCCAGAUCACCGAUGAGAUGGCAGAGCAGCUAAUGACCUUGGCCUACGACAAUGGCAUCAACCUCUUCGAUACCGCAGAAGUGUACGCGGCGGGCAAGGCGGAAGUGGUCCUGGGAAGCAUCAUCAAAAAGAAGGGCUGGAGACGAUCCAGCCUCGUCAUCACCACAAAGAUCUUCUGGGGAGGAAAAGCGGAGACUGAGAGAGGCCUUUCCAGGAAGCACAUAAUAGAAGGUCUGAAGGCCUCCUUGGAGCGGCUGCAGCUGGAGUAUGUGGAUGUGGUGUUUGCCAACCGCCCAGACCCCAACACACCCAUGGAAGAGACCGUACGCGCCAUGACCCACGUCAUUAACCAGGGGAUGGCCAUGUACUGGGGCACGUCGCGCUGGAGCUCCAUGGAGAUCAUGGAGGCCUACUCGGUGGCCCGGCAGUUCAACCUGAUCCCGCCCAUCUGUGAGCAGGCCGAGUACCACAUGUUCCAGCGUGAGAAGGUGGAGGUGCAGCUGCCUGAGCUCUUCCACAAGAUAGGAGUGGGCGCCAUGACCUGGUCCCCUCUGGCCUGCGGCAUCGUGUCCGGGAAGUACGACAGUGGCAUCCCGCCCUACUCGAGGGCCUCCUUGAAGGGCUACCAGUGGCUGAAGGACAAGAUCCUGAGCGAGGAGGGCCGGCGCCAGCAGGCCAAGCUGAAGGAGCUGCAGGCCAUCGCCGAGCGCCUGGGCUGCACCCUCCCCCAGUUGGCCAUAGCCUGGUGCUUGAGAAAUGAGGGGGUCAGCUCCGUGCUCCUGGGCGCCUCCAGUGCAGACCAGCUGAUGGAGAACAUUGGAGCUAUACAGGUCCUUCCAAAACUGUCAUCUUCCAUUAUCCACGAGAUCGAUAGCAUUUUGGGCAAUAAACCCUACAGCAAAAAGGACUACAGAUCCUAAGAAGCCAGGCUGUUGCCUGGGCCAUUUCCGUUUCCCUCCUAGUUUGUCCGCUCGCUUAAGCUAUUUUGACGCCAAGUCAAGAGUGUGGUUCGCAUCCAAAAGAAAACAGCGCGACAAGAUGUCAUCGGGCAAAGAUCCCAGAAUUCCCUGCAAGACACCCCCGCUGCUUCGCAGGACCAGUGUCAGAUUCGUGCGGGGAAGACGGCUGUGAUUAAGGACAUUCAAGCCGUUUCCCCAGCCUGCUGCCCUGCUCAUCCCACCGGAAGAGGCCACCAUGUUUUUGCCCAGCCUUCGCCCCCUGGAGACCCACUGAGUCCGGGCCAGGCUGGACCGGUUGGGUCCUGUGGGCAGGCAGGGCUGGCCUCUCCUCUGCAGAGAGCUGCUCCCUGGUGUUGGGGUGGGAAAGAGGAACCGGGCCUGUCCUUCCUGAGGCCCCUGUCGGACCCGGACCUCAGGGGGCCCUCCGCACUGGGGUCCCCUUCAACAUCCCUCCUGCCGAGGGCUCCAGGCACUUUCUGGGGGUCCUGACCUCAGAUUCUUCCCCUUCACCACUGGCGCCUGCCCCAGGGGGUCUCUGACGGGCUUCCUGAGCUGUCUCUUGACCCCCACCCCCACCCUUGCUGGCAGGGGCAGGCAGCCAGGGGGAUUUGCUCUGCAGCAUGGGCCCUACAGAAAGCUGGGGGUCAUCGGCCCACCGGCUCCCUCCCAGCCUGCAGUCGACGAGCCUGACGCACUCGGGAGGGGCCUGAGGAGUGCUCCAGGCCAGGUCCCUCCAGGGCCCCGCCCGCUCUCCCUGCCAGGCGCUGACCCGACCCUGUCCUUGCCCCAGAAGGCCCCGAGGUUGUACGUGCUUAGCUGGGCUGGCUGCUGACCACACACAGGGCAGCCUGCCCCACCCUGCCAGGGGUGGUGGCCUUAGGGUCCGCAGAGAGGCCAUGCUUAGGUGCCUGGGGUCCCAUGCUGCGUGCCCGGGGACUAGGGACCUGAACACUCAGCAGUGGUGCCCCAUGAUCUAGGAAAAGACCCCAGGAGCCCCCCCUGGAGCAGUACCCUCGUGAGCAAGGUCAGGUCGGGGUGAGGUGCCGUAUCAGAGCGCUAAGUGCUCAGAGCUGGUUACUGGGGUGACGGGCAGCGGUGCUCCUCCCAGGACCCCCCCCACACCGUGGCGAGGGCAGGAUGGCUGAGGCUGGUCCUUCCCCACCUCGCCCCACAGCCUGGAGCAGGGCCGGGCAGACAGAACUGUCAGACCUACCUGGAGAUUGCGGAUGGAGGAGGGGAGGGGCUGUGCCAGGAGGCCCAGCUCCUGCGGCACCCCAGCCUUUGCUGGCUCUGUCCGGAUGGGAGCCGGGCUCUACAAAUGUACUAACCCCCUCUCAGGGGGCCCAGUGUGCCCCAGGCGCACCCCACACCCUCACGCUCACCCCACAGACACAGCGCCCCCUGCCUGGCCCCUCGGAGAAGGUGCUGUUCAGAAAGGCUCCUCCCUGCCUUUCUCAAAGGGCCUGCGGUCCAGCCUGGCUGGGCUGAGGCCUGGGAACUGGCUUUAAGACAGCCACAAAGGUGGGGGCAGGGGACAUGACUGUCCACACUCCCGACCUUUGUGCUGACCCUGGAGUCUAGAACAGGCCCCCUCCUUGAAGACCAGGUCCCUGGGAGUCUUCGCCAUCGAGUGUCCUACAAGCCUCACCCUGUGGGUGCAGGGAGGGGGCAAUAAGCGUGUCCCAGCAGAGGUCCCAGGCCUAUGGCACCUGCCACCACCACAAGGGUCAGUGUCUGACUUCCAGGACAGCCCUGCAGUGGGCUGGCCUCCAUCCCAGGCAGUGACUGCGUCCCCUGGGCCAGGCAGUCCGGUCAUGCUGAGGCCGGAUGGCCCACCCCUCACUGGGAGAGUGGCUGGGCCUCCCCACACUGCCACCCCCAGCCUGCCCACUGUUGGUAGAUGGACCAGGGCUUGCGGUGAUGCCCGAGGGGAACCACACCUGGGAAGGCUGAACUCCUGUUGAAUACACAUUUGCCGAGAGAUGAGAAGGCCAAGCCCCAGCAAGGCCGUAAGGCCCAGUGCCAGGAGCCAGGCGGCUUCCCAGCCCAGGGGCGCUGUGCAUAGCCCGGUUCUCGGGCAUCCUCUAUGGUCCCACACCUCCUUGUAGGAAGGACAGCUCUGCUUCCUGGAGGAGGGUCCCCAGACUUAAGAGGGCGAUGGAGUGCGGGGGGGUCAAGGGGGCCAGAGGGCAAUCAGCCCAGAAAGGGAAGAACUGAGGAGGCAGGCCCCAGCGGGGUGGCCCGGGCCCCGAGUGGGCUGAGGCCAGCUGGGGGUCCCCUCCAGGAGGGCCUGUGCAGGAAGCAAGCCGGCCCUGGGGGCACAUGGAGCCGCCACCAUCCCUCAUUCCAAAUCCACUGCGGACCCCAGGUCCUGGGGAGCGACAGGCCUGCCCCCUGCCCUCUCCCAGUCAUACAUACACCUGAUGUGUUUUUCUCUCUUUUGUAAUGACGGCGGGUCCUCAGCUAACUGCGUCCCCUGUGUAGGCAGAGAUGGCCAUAUGCCCCGAGCUUCCAGACGACACUCAGCCGAGACACAGCCAUUGUAUUUAUGGAAUGACAAAAUAAAACCCGAGCCCGUCGGGGU